AUGGCGGCUAAUUUUUUAGCUAAAGAAUGGGUGAUGGAUAGAGAUUUUGAUUUCGUUGGUGAGGGCUUGGUUCAUCGUUUAAUGUGUUUAGAACUCAAGAAAUUCAUUGACAGAAUCUUGGAAAUAUUACCAGCCAUUGAGUCUGCCCCGCCACGAUGCACAUCGGGAAUACAGGCACUGUGCACAUUAAAAAUUGCAAUGGAUAAAGCAAAAUUACUUAUACAGCACUGCUCAGAGUCUAGUAAACUCUACCUGGCAAUUACAACAGAGAGGAUAGUUUCCAAAUGUGAGAGAAUACGAAAACCUUGGGUAGUAUCUUUGAGUCAAAUUCAAAAUAUGGUCCCAUUCCUGUUGGCUGGAAAGAUAUCUGGAAUUGCCCGUGAUCUUAGGCACACAAAGUUUCCCCUUACACCUACUGAAGAAGAGGCUGGGAAGGUUAUAUUAGGACUACUUCGACAAGCAAUUCUUGUGUCCAAUUCUGUAAAUGAUUUAGAACUCGAGGCUGUUCAACUUGCAGCUUCGGCACUAAAAAUUACAUUCCCUUCUGCAAUUUUGAUAGAGAAAAGAUCUAUUAAGCGUUUGCUUGAUAAAGCCACUGACACAGACCCUAAGAAACAAAUCUUGAAGUGGUUGUUCUAUCUUUUGAGGAAAUAUGGAGAAAUAAUUGGAUGA